AUGACCUCAUUGCUUCUAUCUGUACCUGUCGUCGCAAAAGAAUCAUCCAGAAAAGAUUUUCCCAGAUCUUGGAACCCUGACGUUUUUGCUGAAUUUAGCGUGACAGCUGAACGUGAAGUGGAAUUAAAUCGUGCUGAAGCAAGAUAUUUUCACAAAAAAAUACUGCAAGCCAAAGAACCAAAUUUUGAUUUGAAUCUUGGAUACGAUUCAUUCCAAUCGAAAGAUGAUCUCAACGGUCCAGACGGUGAAAAAUUGGAUGUUCUUUGCAAAUGGCUAAUUUGUCAAGCCAAACAGCGGGGCGUUCCAACCAGAGAGAUUUGCUACGAAACGGAUUUUGUUUGCUAUCGUGGUCUUUUAACAAGAAUCGCGUCAACACCUUAUGAUCAGAGAGAAGGCUGGAAAUUAUGUGCAGUUCGCAUCGGUUCAACAAUUUUUCUGUGCGAAUUCCAAACCGAAAAAAAGAAACAAGAGAUUGCUGAGAGAACAGAUCGUCAAAAAUUGAUGUGUUAUUGGGGUUUUAAAUUUGAACAAUUUGCUACAACAGAUCGUCCUAACUCGGAACCGAACACUUCUGAAGCGGUUUCUAAUCUGAAAGAAUUCGAUGUCGUCCUCAGGGCAAAGCUAGGAGAAAACGAAGAUGGCGUUCGACUUAUGUUCGCAGCAGAAACGGAUUGUUUUGAUGCGGAAGGCAAUUAUUUGGAGUUGAAAACUGUGACAAGUCAAAAUCACCAGUUGGCUGGGAAUUUCUGGAUGAUGAAGGCAAUGAAAUGGUGGCUGCAGUCGUAUCUGGCAGGUAUUCAACGUAUCAUUGUGGGAUUUCGAACCUGGCAAGGUCUGUAUGGUUAA